AUGUUCAACCAACCAUCACCAUCUAUUUUCAUUGCAGUGCUGAUUGCUACCAUAAACAUGGCAACAUAUUUGGCUGCUACUGACCCUGCACCAGCUGGUGAGGAGCCUGUUCUUGAGUUGUACAUGCAUGACAUUCUUGGGGGCAGUAACCCCACUGCCAGGCCAAUCACCGGCUUGCUGGGAAACAUUUAUAGUGGCCAAGUACCCUUUGCCAAGCCAGUAGGAUUUAUUCCCCCAGAAGGUGCAGUAGCAAUCCCUAAUGCCAAUGGCGCUAUUCCAACUGUUAAUGGUAUCAAUGGCAUUCCACUAGGAACUGGCUUGGCUGGUACAGCUUUUGCAGGACAAAAUGGUCAAGUUCAAACCCAGCUGGGACCUGACGGGUUGGGACUAGGCUUUGGAACGAUCACUGUCAUUGACGAUGUCUUGACAACCAGCCCUGAGCUUGGUUCGCAGCAAUUGGGAAAAGCUCAAGGAGUCUACAUUGCUAGUUCUGCAGAUGGGAGCACACAGAUGAUGGCAUUUACAGCUAUCUUUGAAGGAGGAGAAUUUGGGGACAGCCUCAACUUCUAUGGCGUAUAUAAGAUUGGGAGUGCAAUGUCACAUUUGUCAGUGACUGGAGGAACAGGCAAGUAUAAGAAUGCUGUUGGAAUUGCACAGUUGCGAGGACUCAUUCCACCUGGUCAGCAUGCCACAGACGGUGCAGAAACAUUAUUGAGGAUAAUUGUCCAUCUAAAAUACUAAGAAUAUUAUAUAACUGGAUUAAAUGUGGGAUUCCUCGCGCAAAAAUGAGUGUGGUCAUGAUUUCCAAUUUCUAUUUGUUAACGCCAGAUGUACUAAAUGUU